CUACCUGGAAUGUAUAAAAUUGGUUGGUUGGUUUUUCUUCUUUGUUCAAUUUCGGUUCGACAGAUGAAAAAAGAAAAAAAAAAGAAAAACAAGAACUGCAAGGGAAAUUGUAAGCCAGCACAUCAUAUCUGUUGACAAGAGGUAUCUUAAGCUGAGGGAAUCUUUGUCAAUCGAAAGGUGCUUAGUAUUAUGAUUAAUGGAAAUCUGUGGCGUCUUACUGUACUAGAAUUGUUCCAAAGGAGCUUAAGUUGCCUGGGAACAUUGGUAUGCAAACGAUAGAUGUGAAUUCACCAUCAAGACACACUGUUUGAGUAAAUAACCUUCGUAGCGCCUAGAGUGUGGAGUGCCAUCGAUGACAAACUUGUCAUACACAGCAAUUCUCGCUCAAAGUAUAUUUCAGUAAAUUAACAAGAUGGACGAAACUCACGUGCCUUACCACCUUGUUAACUUCUGGCUUUUGGACUUGACAGCUAGUUUCCUUGUAUUCGUGAGCGCGUGGUACGGAAAAAUAUCACGGCGGAGGAUAACUGAUGAAAUUGGUGAUUACCCUAUUACUCCUGUCAAAGAAAAGAAAUUGGCUGAAGGAGCACAAACAGCGGAGUCAUUUUGUGAGGGAUCAUUGCGUUUGCUUAUUCUGUACACGAUAUACUUCUUAACAAUGGCAGCUUCUGUUGUUCUCUUCCAAUGGUAUUCUUUUUUAAUUAUUUUUUUCCAACACAUAACAGUGAUUUUCUGCAUUUUUGUAACAUUUUACCAAUGGCUUCAACCUCGUCUAGCAUUGUUUGUAGGAGGGACCUUCUCUACACUCUGGUUUAUGAGCGGGACCACGACAUUUCGCUGGGUCUUAAAUGACAUUGUAAUCGCUUUUUUCGGGCUACUUGUUGGUGGUAACGUGCACUUUAAAAGUUUUCCAUCGCUUCAGAUUUUUCUGUGGCUUGCAGUGGUCUAUGAUGUCUGUCUUGUGAAAAACGUAUAUCAAGGUGUCCCUUCUCUUUUGAGCGCAGGGCAAGGAGAGAAAAACUGUGAAACAGUUUUUUGCAAAGCGUUUGAGAUCAGUGAUGCUUGGGAACUUCCAACUAUUUUCACAUUUAAGUUAGGACUGCCGGAGGAAUACGUCUAUCUUGGAGCCGGCGACAUAAUUAUCGGCUGCAUAGUGUCGAACUUCUCUCAGAUGUUUUUCAGGUCUUCAAAAUACUUGUCUGCAACAGUUUUGACGUACGCGAUAGCCAUUGCCUUGUUGAGCCAAGUCGGAGACGAGCCGUAUCCAGCUCUUGUUACCAUUGUCCCCCUGUGUAGCUUUCAGUUGGUCUUGUCGGCCAUUCUUUCCAACAAAACCAAGAAUUUGUUUUCUUUUAAGUGCUUGGAGAGCGCAAAAGAGCGGGAAGGACAUGACAUGAAUAUUCUUCUCUGAACUUAAAGGGCCUAAACACUCAAGGGCACGGUAUCUACGUCAGUUAGAAUGCUUUGAGAAUCGCCUGUAACAAUCGCCGAAUUUGAAAUGAUUGCCGCCAGGUCAGGAGAGUUCUGCAUAUGUGAGAAUAUGCGACAAAAAAAGAAACAAAACAAACAAAACAAACAAAACAAACAAAACAAGCAAAACAUAAAAAACAAACACAGGUAAAAAAAAGAAGACCAUUUACAGGAAUUGCUUAGGUUGUUAUAAACUCACACUCAGUGGGGGAGAGAGAGAAUACAGGUUGUCAGUGGGACGUUCGCGCGCUCUUUCGCUUUUCUUUUGUGGCAGACUAAAAAGAAUUUGAAAAUCUUCGUUGGAGACGACUUGUGGGCUUGACUCUGUGGUAAUCUUAAUGUGUCAAAUUUCAUUUUACUAAGACGAAUUUAUUUUUUACAGAACACAAACAAAUGUAAUUUUCCCAGCUUUUCAAGUGACUGCUGUUUGAUGGGGUUUCAUUAUAGUGACGACCACUGAUUUUACUGCCGGGACGAUCAGCAUUUCUAAAUUUUUGGGAAUACGAAUAAAACUUUGACAAAGUGGUACAUGUUCGUUAUACUUAUUUAGGGCAUAACUGGGAAGGAAAUGAUGUGAUGGUUGAAAAAUCAUUCAAAGUGAGAAGUACCGUAGCGUUGUCGAGAAUAAACCAUGGGGAAAAUCCAGGGGGAAAUAAUUUUACUUGGGGCUAGAGGGAGAUAUUUGAGCAGCUAUCGCCGUGAAACUAGCAAGCUUUGCUGAUGGCACUCUGAAACUAUUCGUCUCCUUCGCAUGUAGUCAUCUCUUGAAAUGCCAACGAACGUUCCACUCGAAGAAACACUUGCUCAUAUCCACUUGCUCAUAUCAUUGAAACUGUUUGUAAGAAAAUUUCUUCGGCUUUGGGCUUAAUUAAGCGCAUUAGCCGGAGAUUUUGUACCAUUCUACACUCUUUUGAACAUCUUCAAUGGUUUGGUAAAGCCCCAGUUUGACUACUGCAGCUUAGUAUGGGAUUGCUGUAGUACAAGUCUGGCCRAAAAACUUCAGAAGCUGCAGAACCGUGCGGCUCGUAUUCUUGUUGUCCGCCCCUUAUGAUUCUAGUGCUCUAGACCUGUUCCUUAGACUUCAUUGGAAAAACCUAAGGAAUCACAGGCUUUUUGCCAAAGCCGUUAUGAUGUUCAAAAUUCUAAAUGGACAGACACCUGAUUAUUUAUCAAAUAAAUUCAUCUUUCGUAAUGAUACUACAAGUUAUAGAUUGCGAAAUAGUGAAAUGAGGCUGGCUCUUCCGCAACCUCGUACCGAUUAUGUUCGUAAAAGUUUCCCUUAUAGCGGUGCCGCGUUGUGGAAUAGCCUUCCGACUGAUAAUAGAGUAUCUAAAACAUUAGGUGAGUUUAAGACGAAGCUAAGUGUUCCGACGAACGCCUGUUGAUUGGCGUGGCGCUGUUCGUUGGGAAGGCCGAACAAUGCCGCACGCUUUUAAUUUAAUUUUACUAAAUAUAUUCAAUAGGUCGUAAAAGAAAUAGGGUAAUUUUUUAUUUUCUGUUAAGCGCUCGCAGAUGUCGGACUUAUGAGUUUUUCUGUCGUUGUUGAUUCGCUUUUAUUCGUUUUAGACACAAUUUCGUCUCGUCGAAAUACUAUGUAACUUCAGUUUUGAGUGAACUAAUGACACGGCGUCCCCGAAAAGUAGUACUUUUAUUUUUUAUUUUAAGAAGUUAGUACAGUUUGUUUAGAUUAGGCAUUUAAUCUUUGUAUGUAUUUUACAAUUAUUAUAUAGUUUAAGUGGAAUUUACCGUGUAUAAAUGAAAUGAUCUAUCUAGAUCUAUCUAUCUAA